UAUGUAUACGUAAUUAAUUUUAAGUGUGAUAGGAUGUUUGUUAAUACUUUUAUCAACAUUCUGGUUCAGAACAUGUAUAAGAGACAUAAAUGAAAUAAGUUCAUAUAGAUAACCAAUGUAUGAUUAAGUAAUUUUGUUUUUUUUGGAUGCUACAGGAUAUAGAUAUGUAAUAAAUAACAAUAGUGAUCAUUAAAUAUUCUAAACUAUUACUCUAUUAAAAGAAUUAAGAUAGAAUUAUCCAGAAUAUUCAUUUCUAUAGAAGACUAAAGCAGUACCACCAUCAACUGAUUUUACUAUACUAAGUAUUAUUAAUGGAAUUAAAUAAAUGCAAAAUAAUCUAGAUGUUAUAUUUAAAUCAUAUCCUGCACCAUAUGAAGAUUCGAUUUUAAGAAAACAAUUUAAAACAGCGUUAUAUUCAAGUAAAAAAUAGGAUUGGUAAAGAAUGAGUUCAGGAGAGUUCAAUUAUAUUGAAAACACUUAAUUUUUUAAUGUAGAAAAUAUCUAAAUAGCAGAUCUUUCAUCAUUUUAAUAUUUUAGAGAAUCUUUUUAAUAAGAUUAACCAUAAUAUUAAUUUUAUAUUGUUCAUAUGAUGGGAUAUGAUGCAUUAGGACAUGCAAUAUAAUAUUAAGAUUAUGAUAAAGGAGUAUAAUUAUUAAGAAUGUUUAAUUCAAUAUUGGAAGAAAUGGUUUAUAAUUUAAAAGAUAAUCAAUUAUUGAUUGUAUUAGGUGAUCAUGAUUAAAGUAAGAGAGGAAAACAUUACUAAUGUUCUACAGAAUCAUUUGAAUGUGAAGGUUUUUUAUUUGCAUUCAAUAUUAAUGGUUUAUUCCAAAAUGAUUAAAUCUAUGAAUUUUAUGAACCUUCAGAUUUAUCAGCCACUAUCUCUUCACUCUUAGGAUAUUAACCUACAAGUUAAAAUCUUGGUAAAAUCAUUCCAUAAUUUUAUCCUAGAAAUGCUAAUAAAACAGAAAUCUCAAAUGAUUAAGAAAUUGUCAAAUUAUAAAUAAUAAAGUAUCUUUAAACUUAAGAAUUUAAAGUAUCAUCUUCUUUCAUUUAAGAAUUAAAACAAUUAUCUGCUGAUUAAAUUGUUACUCAUGUUUAAAGAAACCUUUAAGUUGGAUUACCAAGGAAAGAUUCCUUUAUUAUUGGACUACAGUUUAAUUUAAUAUUUUAAUCAAUUAUAAUGUUAUUAUUGCUUAGUGUUUAUUCCAUAAGAACUCUAUGGACAUUCUAAGAAAUAUUUAUAAUUGUUUCUACUGGCUUCUUUUAUCCUUCAAUUUAACUCAUUGGAUUAUUAAUCUUAAUAAUAUUAAACAGAGAAUAUAAUACUAAACGGAUUCUUUAAUUAUUCACUCUCUUGAUAUUUAUUUAACUUCAUUUUCUGGGAUAUAUUCCAGACUUACUCUUUUCUAUUGAACUUUAAUUUCUACUCAUUUUAGCCAUCAAAUUUAGUACUUUUAUUAAAUUAAGAUAGAAUUUUACUAAAUGGAAAAUAUCUUUAUUAUUUGCAAUGGUAGCUAUCUCAUAAAUUACAGUUUAUGUCUUUUUCCUAUUAGGUUAAACUGAAUUUGAAUUCAAAAAGGAUCUCUUGUUAAGUCUUAUCAUUUUUUUAUUUAUACUAUGUGCUAUUGAUCCAAGAUAUUUUAAUCAAGGAAGGAUUAAAGCCCUUUAUCUUACAAUUCUUUUUAUUUUAUCUGAUAUUACUGUCAUAUUUUAACUUAAUUAUUUCUAUAAUUUUAUUUAAUUUACUCUUUUAUUUAUGCUUAUCUAAUUUACUGAUGUUAAGUAUAAUGUACUAAUAUCAAAAAUCAUUUAUAAUGCAUUUAACCCAAUUAAAAUUAAUCAUUAAAUAUUCAAAGGUAAUUAAUAAAUUAAUAUGAAUUCAAUGAUCAUACUCACCUAAGAAUUUGAUAUUGGACCUUCAUUAUUUUCUGUAUUUAUAGGUAACUUUGGAUGCCAUAUAAUUGGAAUUGCUUCUUUGUUUUUUAAUAAGAUUAAUUAAGAUAGACAUUAAAUUAUUGGGGCCCUUAUUAUUUCUUCAAUUUCGAAUUUACUAUUAGAUUCAUUGUAAAUUCUAAAUUAUAAUUAAUCAAUUAAUAACACAAAUGAAAUGAUUGAAUAAUAAAUAGGAUUGUUAAAUAGUUUACCAUUAAAAUUACUAGAAUUGAUUUUAUAUAACUUUGGUUAUAUAUUGUUAGUCAAAGAAAUAAAGUAAAAAAGAGAGAAUUGA